AUGGCUUCGUCCAAGUGCCCCAUGAGAGAGGCCAAUGUCGCCGGCGGCGGCACACGCAACCGCGACUGGUGGCCCAAUGACCUGCGACUCAACAUCCUCCGCCAGCACACUCCUGUCUCCAACCCGAUGGACAAGGACUUCAACUAUGCGCAGGCCUUCAAGAGCUUGGACUACGAGGCCGUCAAGAAGGACCUCCAUGCUCUGAUGACAGACUCUCAGGACUGGUGGCCAGCAGACUUUGGCCACUAUGGUGGUCUGUUCGUCCGCAUGGCCUGGCACAGCGCCGGUACCUACCGUGUUACCGAUGGUCGUGGUGGCGGUGGUCAAGGUCAACAGCGCUUUGCUCCCCUCAACAGCUGGCCUGACAAUGUCAGCUUGGACAAGGCACGUCGCCUGCUCUGGCCUAUCAAGCAGAAGUAUGGCAACAAGCUCUCCUGGGCCGAUCUGAUACUCCUGACUGGCAAUGUCGCCCUCGAAUCCAUGGGUGUCAAGACCUUUGGCUUCGCCGGUGGCCGCCCAGACACCUGGGAAGCUGAUGAGUCCGCCUACUGGGGCGGCGAGACCACCUGGCUAGGCAACGACAUCCGCUACUCGGAGGGUCACUCGGGUGUCAAGGGCGAGGGCGUCGUCGAUGGCGAUCAACAUAAGAAAGACCACAAGGAUAUCCACACUCGAGAUCUGGAAACUCCACUCGCAGCGGCACACAUGGGCUUGAUCUACGUCAACCCAGAAGGCCCUGAUGGCAUCCCGGAUCCCGUCGCCGCCGCUCGAGACAUCCGCACUACCUUUGGCCGCAUGGCGAUGAAUGACGAGGAAACCGUUGCCCUGAUCGCUGGUGGACACUCUUUCGGUAAGACGCACGGCGCCGCUCCUUCCGAGAACGUCGGCAAGGAACCAGAAGAUGCUCCCCUCGAGCAGAUGGGUCUUGGAUGGGCCAACAAGCAUGGCUCCGGCAAGGGUCCCGACACCAUCACUAGCGGCAUCGAAGUCACAUGGACCGGCACUCCCACCAAAUGGAGCAACAACUUCCUCACAUAUCUCUUCAAAUACGAAUGGGAGCUCACCAAGAGCCCGGCCGGUGCCAACCAGUGGGUCGCGAAGACGAAUGACUUGAUCAUUCCCGACGCCUACGAUCCCAACAAGAAGCACAAGCCCACCAUGCUGACGACCGAUCUUUCUCUCCGCUUCGACCCGGCCUAUGAGAAGAUUUCUCGUCGCUUCCUCGAGCAUCCAGAGGAGCUCCACGACGCUUUCUCCCGUGCCUGGUUCAAACUGUUGCACCGUGACAUGGGCCCACGAUCCCGCUGGCUCGGUCCUGAGAUCCCGUCCGAGGUGCUGAUCUGGGAAGACCCCAUCCCACCUGCCAACCAUCCCAUCAUCGACGACAGCGACAUUUCCAGCUUGAAGCAAAAGAUCUUGGCCACCGGUAUCAAGCCUUCCGAGCUGAUCACUGUCGCGUGGAACUCGGCUUCCACCUUCCGUGGCAGCGACAAGCGCGGCGGCGCCAACGGUGCUCGCAUCCGUCUCGCUCCCCAAAACAAAUGGAAAGCCAACAACCCUCAAAUGCUGAGUCAGGUGCUGGCGGCGUUGGAGAAGGUGCAACAAGAGUUCAACAGCUCCGCAAGCGGUGGCAAGAAGGUGUCGCUGGCCGAUCUCAUCGUCCUGGCAGGCACCGCUGCCGUGGAGAAAGCCGGUGGCGUCCCUGUUCCCUUCUCACCUGGCCGCACAGAUGCGACCCAAGAGCAAACCGAUGCCCAGUCUUUCGAGCACCUCGAGCCUUUGGUCGACGGAUUCCGCAACUACGGCAAGGGAACCGCCCGUGCCCGCACCGAGCACUUCCUCAUCGAUAAGGCACAACUGCUGAAUCUGUCUGCUCCCGAAAUGACUGUCCUGGUUGGUGGCCUGCGUGUCUUGAAUGCCAACUGGGAUGGCUCUUCCCAUGGUGUCUUUACCAAACGACCCGGUCAAUUGACGCCUGAUUUCUUCACCAAUCUCCUCGACAUGGGCACAGCCUGGAAGGUGGCCAGCCCCGACGAGGAACUCUAUGAGGGCUUCGAUCGCAAGACCGGUGAGAAGAAAUGGACUGCCACCCGCAGUGACCUGGUCUUCGGCUCCCAUGCUGAGUUGCGUGCCAUCUCCGAGGUGUAUGCCAGCGCCGGCAAUGAGGAGAAAUUCGUCAAAGACUUUGCCGCAGCUUGGGCUAAGGUCAUGAACCUGGAUCGGUUUGAUUUAACCUCUGCCCAGGAUCCUGCAAGAGCACGUCUAUAA